GGCUGACUGACUGACAGACAGACACAAACAAACACACAGAUACUCCUGAUCAGGGGUGUUGAACUGUAAAAAUGAGGCACUUUCAGCUUUGUCUCAUCCUAUUUGGAUUUGGCUUUAUCACAUUGACAAACAGUCAGUGUGUGUUUGGAUCACAAAAUGGCACCAUUGUCAACAACGGUUCAUGCGUUCCAUACUCGGAUAGUCUACUGAAUUCCACCCUCACAUGUUCUGGGAUCUCGCUGAACAACGUCAAUGAUUACAAGCGAUUUACCGAUGAUGCCUUUGAUUUGUACACUUUACUGAGAUCCAAGCUUGACGCUAGUGAGGUCGCCAGCUUCAUCAACAGAGUCAGGAAUGGAAACCAAACAACUGCUUCUCUGGGUGAUGCUAAUUUUGCAAGGCUUUGGUUCCAGCUGAAACUCAGUCCGUAUGUCUCGUCUUUGUCUAAAGAAACCCUCUCUUGUCUGAGUCAAAGCAACCUGACCUGCCAGAGCUUCCAAGCACUGGUGAAAGAGCUAGACAAGCUUAUUGGCCCUGAAAGGAAGAAGAUGGUCUAUCAGAACUUUAUAAAACCUUUUCUGUCAAGAACUGCUGUAAACGCCUGUGCCAACAAUGUUACUGAUCAGAAAUGGCUUGAGAUGAACUUCCAAACAUUCUCCAGUAUCGCAACGCUUGUGGAUUUCAAAACUCUGAAGUCAAACUUUACUGGGUUGGCUGUCAUAAAUCAGCUCACGCCAGAGCAGAGAGCCGAGCUGAUGUUUAAUCUUCUGGAAUCUGGAACUUUAGACAAAGCGACUGUCAAUCAGUCGCUCCAAAGCUUGACAGUUCACAUCACUGGGGGAAACUCGAAUCUCACAUACAUUCUGGCUUUGCUGAAACCAAUGGGAAGAUUCAUCAGAACAUCUAUAACCAUAAUUACUAAUACACCCAAUAUCACUUCCAAUGUAACAAUGCUGCUAAAGUGGAUGUUGACCUCUCUUCCUCUCAACGCAUCCCUGUCCGUGGAAAACAUAACAAGAGAUUUUAACAGCAGCAACAUCAAUGAUUGGGUGCAGUAUGUGGUAACUCCUGUGGUGCAGCAAUAUAGCAACCAGACCUCAAACAUCAACUCUGAGAUUGUCAGAAUAGUCUUUGCCUCGGACCCUCAGCCCGCAGAUCCUGUGGAAAUCUGUAGAGUCACCAGCAAUAAUAGUUCCUGUCAUAUAACACAGACAGCGGAUAGUGUUGCCAAAGCAAUCAAAUGUGUUGCUUCUUCAAAUCUAAACAUAACUGAGGGAAACCUGCAACUUCUGAUCAAAGCGCUCACCGACAAACUGCGGACAUUUGCCAAUCAAUCUACAACGAAUUCAAGCUCAGCUCAGAGCAAUCUCACAGCUCUGUUCGGGGAGCUUCCUGCAGAAAGUCUUACCAGUGGAAAUCUUGCUGAUGUGGAGUACACAAAAUUCUGGUUUCAAACUAAGAUGAUACCUUUACUACCGACGGUCAACAGGGAAUUUCUGUCCUGCUUGAGCAGACGUGACUUUAGCUGUCAGGCAUACAGGGAGAUUAUUGCUGGGUUGAAUAACAAUGCUGGACUGAUGCGCAGUCAGACUCAACGUCUUCUCUACACGAACUUCAUUCAACUAUUCCUGUCACGCCGACAAAACACAAGUGUCGACUGUACAUUGCAAUUUACCAACAGUACAGACUUCAUCCAGCAGAACUUUGGGUCCUUUUCUACUUUUGCAACACUUCAAGAUUUCUACAAUUUGACAAGAAAUUUCUCAGCUCUGGACGCUCUUAACAUUCUCUCACCCGAACAACUAAGUGAACUGGUGUUCACACCUCCUGCCAGAGCAGGAGACAGAAACGAAAUCAUCCGAAGAGUCUCUGACUUCCUUCUUCAACCACCUAACAGGGAGAAACGAAAUGACUUCCUCCCCUCUCUUCAGACUCAGGCCCGCAGAGCAAACUUCAGUUGUGAAAAUUACAGAAACAUCUUUGAUAGGGUGGACCAGACAUUAUCACAACUUCUUCCUAACCAGACUGAAGAUCUGCUGAAAUACAGAGAUUCUCUGAUGAUGAUUCCUCCUGAUGACUGCAUACAAAGAUCUGUCCAAUGCGUAUCAACUCCAGUAAACGAAACUGCCAUUUGUGCGGGUGUCAACAGCACUGCUUUGGAUCAGUUCUUGAGUAAACCUGUGAAUGCAACAGGCUCUCAGACUCUUUGCAACUUCAGUGUCUCAGAGUUUGCCUGUCUGCCGACGGUUCCACGAUUAACUCCUCAACAAGUGGCUGAUAUGUUGGCGUGCAAACUAUCCAGUAAUGUGACAAAAGAAACCUGGAAGCUUUUCUUCACCAAAUGUCAAGUCCAACAACUUGACGAUGCACUUCAGAGAUUUUCCAACACGACUCCCAGUCCGAGCAACGUCUCCUUGUCCAAUGUUCUGGAUGUGAUAGUUGACGUCCGAAUUGAUCGCUUAAGUCCCCAGAGACUGAGAGAUGCUGCGUUCAUUGGCACAUGGUUCCAGGGGAGACUAAAACCAUUCUUACCAUCAUUGUCUCAGCAAUCUCUGUCCUGUCUCCGAACCAAAAACCUGACCUGUGAAAGUUAUCGUAAAAUUUUUGUGGAGCUAAAUAAUAUAACUAGACUGAUGGGCAAUUCAAGUCCGCGUCUUGUGUACACUAACUUCAUUCGUCCAUUCCUGUCAGAGCGACAAAACUCAGGUGUCGACUGUACAUUGCCAUUUACCAACAGUACAGACUUCAUCCAGCAGAACUUUGGGUCCUUUUCUACUCUAGCAACACUUCAAGAUUUCUACAAUUUGACUAGAAAUUUCUCAGCUCUGGACGCUCUUAACAUUCUCUCCCCCGAACAACUAAGUGAACUGGUGUUCACACCUCCUGCCAGAGCAGGAGACAGAAACGAAAUCAUCCGAAGAGUCUCUGACUUCCUUCUUCAGCCACCUAACAGGGACAAACGAAAUGACUUCCUCCCGUCUCUUCAGACUCAGGCCCGCAGGGCAAACUUCAGUUGUGAAAAUUACAGAAACAUCUUUGAUAGGGUGGACCAGACAUUAUCACAACUUCUUCCUAACCAGACUGAAGAUCUGCUGAAAUACAGAGAUUCUCUGAUGAUGAUUCCUCCUGAUGACUGCAUACAAAGAUCUGUCCAAUGCGUAUCAACUCCAGUAAACGAAACUGCCAUUUGUGCGGGUGUCAACAGCACUGCUUUGGAUCAGUUCUUGAGUAAACCUGUGAAUGCAACAGGCUCUCAGACUCUUUGCAACUUCAGUGUCUCAGAGUUUGCCUGUCUGCCGACGGUUUCACGAUUAACUCCUCAACAAGUGGCUGAUAUGUUGGCCUGCAAACUAUCCAGUAAUGUGACAAAAGAAACCUGGAAGCUUUUCUUCACCAAAUGUCAAGUCCAACAACUUGACGAUGCACUUCAGAGAUUCUCCAACACGACUCCCAGUCCCAGCAACGUCUCCUUGUCCAAUGUUCUGGAUGUGAUAUUCGACGUCCGAAUUGAUCGCUUAAGUCCCCAGAGACUGAGAGAUGCUGCGUUCAUUGGCACAUGGUUCCAGGGGAGACUAAAACCAUUCUUACCAUCAUUGUCUCAGCAAUCUCUGUCCUGUCUCAGCACCAAAAACUUAACUUGUGACACCUAUCGCAGAAUUGUUGAGGCGUUUGUAAAUGCAGUUCCACAAAAUGGACAAGAUGUUUGCAAACCACUGCAGCCCUAUCCUGUCACCCAAAAACAAGAUUUGAUCUACACAGAAUUCAUUAAUGCAUUCCUCUCUCGCAAUAACACUGACGAUCCCAGGUGUCUAAGAGAUACAGCCAACAGCACACAGUGGCUUGUAAGAAACUUUGGGCCGUUUUCACAGUCAGCUCCUCUAAAGACACUUCAGACACUAAACAAAAACUUUACGGCCAUGGAGGUCCUGCAUAUUUUGUCUCUGAAACAACUAUCCGAGUUUGCUGCCACUCCUGGAUCACUGAUGGACCCUCCAGGUGUCACCAAUGUAAUGAAGUAUGUGAAGGAUUGCCAGUUGGGUGCUUUCUUUGACAGACUUUCCCCAGCAGUGCAGGACGUCCCUCUCACACAAACCGUAAAAGCAGCACUGAUCACACAGAUAUUUGAUCGAGCUAACCUGUCUAAUGCGAACACCAGUAAUGAGGAGUUUGUAACAUGGACCAACGUUAGAAUAAAGCCUCUGCUCACCAACCUUACAGACAGCCUGGUCAAUCCAUUUUUCGACAUCCUCAGCACAAGAGACUGCAAUAUCACUCUAAAUACAGUGAAGCUGCUAGAUGGCGUCCGACCUUCCAUGCCAAAUAAUACCAAGAAUGCAAUCUACAGUAGCAUUCUAAAGUCUAUCAAAGGACAACAGCCUCCAAGAUGCUACAGGAAUAACAGCUUCAUUGCAUUCAUAAAUGAAAGCCUGCUAGGAUUUGGGCCACCUCCGAAUGUGACCACCCUCCUCUCUUUGGUCCCACAAUCUCAGAAAAUAGAGAUUGUAAAUUCUAUAUCUCCUUCUGAGCUGGGAAGCUACCUCUCACAGCCGAACGUGGUGGACAGUGAUGCAGAGAUCUGUUUCAUCUUCAAAAACAUGCGCAAAACCCCAGAGUUUUUGGAAAAUGUAGAGGUACCGGAUCCUGUGAAACGUUCAAUCCUGCCCUGCGUCUGGCCUUUGGCUUUGUCAAGUGACAAUCAGACUGAGAUUGACUUGUGGUUUGACCGUCGAUUGAAGGUCUAUUUGAAGUUCUUGAACACGGCUCUGAUAGGAUCAAACGACACCCUGAAUGCUCCGUGCCUGUCGUACAGAAAAAUGGUCAAUGUCCUGGGCAGCAAAUCUUUUAAUGCUUCUCAGCUUUCCGGUGAGGAUAUAUACAACACAACCAUUAAGAAGUAUCUCAAAACAGAUUCUAAUCCAAAAUGUUUCAACGUCAAUGACACAAGAUUGAACUCAACCUCAUGGUUUGUCAAUUUCAUCGGUGUCAACUUCAUCCGCUUCAUGAGCAUUGAUGAUCUGUACUCUUUCGGUCCUGAGAGCGCGAUUAAAACGUUCAGUGUGGAUCCUGACAACAUCAAGCUGUUCAAUCAACCUGGGAUCCAGAAGAAAGUGUUGAAUCGCUACACCGAGCUCAUCUUUCUGCAAAACCCCAGCUUCGAUCUGUUUUUCUUGCCAUCGUCGUUGCAGUGUGAUGCCCCGGUAUCAGUCUUCACUAAACUAAAUGAGAGUCAGACUAAUGUCAUUCUGGGAAACUUUAAAACAUCUUGCUCCGGCGUAGAUCCUCAAAUAUCUACUGCUCUUGCUGGAAACAUCAAAACCAUUGAUGCUAGUGCUAUUCAAAACUUGGGACAAGAAAGUGUCGGUCUAACCACUGUGCAAAUAAACAAAGCACCUCCGUCAGUUCUGAUCAGUGUGCUGUCAGAACUUGGCAAUGUGACCGGCUGGAGCGUUGAACAAUCCCAGGCCAUCAUAACAGUGCUUCUGAAUGGAAACUUUAAGCUCAACAGUACCAAUUUGGUGAAUCUAGGAUCUCUGAUUGGAGGACUCCCUUCAGAAAGCCUGGUCACUAUUGCUCCACAACAAAUUCUUGAAACAUCUCGUGAUCCAGUGUUUGUUAAAAACAUCCUCACCGCCCCAGAGAUUGUUCAGAGUACCUUUGUGAACCAGCUAAUCAAAGUCAACACGUCAGUAUCUGCUCUAAUGUCAAAUGUUCCCAGUGAAAUGGCCCUUCAAAUUCCUAGAAACCUUCUGAUUAUUCCCACCACAGUAGACACAUCAGUUUUGAAAGAGUUUAACAAUAAAAAGUGGAAACCUGAACAGGCCUCUCUGUUCUUCGAUUCUGUUGCUGGCACAUUUAGUAAUCCUGACGAUUUGUCAGUGGAUGUAUUGCAAGGAUUCACAUGCUCCCGAGUGCAGAAAUUCGAUAAAACUAAAACAAAGGGCCUGAUAAGUGCCUGCCGAAAAAAAAAGAAUGUCAAACUGAGUGAGUCACAGCUGAUAUGCAUGAACAAUUUAAUCAGAGAUGAUUCGUCACAGGAUUUUGUCAGUUAUCCAAAAGAAAUGUUGCUUUACUACAAUUACGAAACAAUCUCAAAAAGCAACUGUACAUCAUAUUUUACUGAGGUUGGCUCAGCCGACAUCUCAGUCCUGUCAAGUGAACUGCAAGAGAAAAAGAAGACUCUGUGGAGUAAUGCUCAAGGAUGCCUUAACAUUGUUGGAACAAACAUCAAGAAGAAGGAUUUGGCAGUGCUGGGUAAUUUGGCAUGCGUAAUGGACAAAGACUACAUCGAAAGCUCCGACCCAGAUAUCCUCGAGAACUUGAAGAACUGCAAAGAUCUCUCAAAUGAGCAGAUGGGAGCCAUGGAAACAGUUCUCUUGAAGGGAACGUCAAAAUACGGACAAGCAAGCUCAUGGAAUCAGAAAACACUUGACGAUCUCGGAAUUCUUCCUUUGUAUUUCUCCAAGUCUUUUUGGGGAUCAUUCAACAAGGGAAAUAUAAAGAUGUUCCUGAAAAGCUUCCUGAAAUCCCUGCGUACCAAUAAAACCCCAAAAGUCCUAAUGAAGAAAUUGUUUGGCGCUCUCAUUGUAACAACACCACGGGUCAAAAGAGCAGAUAACACCUGUAUUAAUGGCAGCAUCACCAGUAUUGAGAUCAGCGGUGAGGACUUCCCCUUUGGAUAUGAUGCUACACAGUUCAAGAAUUGCCUGAGUGCCGAUGUGGUGAGGGACAACCUUGCUAGCCUGUGUAAAAAAAUCGAUGAUGAUACCUUCCAGAGAGUCGUUUUGGACAAACUCAAGGAGAUAUCACCAAGUGGCCUUUCGGAGAGUCAGGUCCAGGUACUGGGCCCGGUGUCUAGAGCUGCAACAACGGAUGAAAUUCAGAACUGGAACAUCACUAAAUCUGACACAUUGGCAGCACUGAUGACCUCAAGUGAUGGCGAUUGGAACUCGACACAGGCCAAUGAAAUCAUCACAAGGUACCUCAGCGCUAACAAUAAUCUGACUGCAACUGAGCUGAAUAUAGUGAAAGGACCAAAUCUUUGCUCUCUGAACAGCAGCACCUUGAAAAAAAUAUCAUCCGAUAGCAUCAAAGGGGCUGAAGGCUUGGAUGUGUCAAAAUGCUCUUCUGACGACAAAAAGGUGUUGUUCUCCCUAGCUAACACAGCGUUCCCCAUUGCGUCUGCCAGUGGGGAAAAUUCUAUCCUUACAGCCUUUCAGUUAGUUGAGUCCUAUCUCGGGGGUGCUGAUGUAACGUACAUCAGGAAUUUAACAUCUUUAAAUGUCAGCAUGAGCUUGCCCACUUUUAUUAAACUGGAUGAAGGCGUUGUCAAGAAUCUCACCGUCUCUGAAGUUAAGGGGCUUCUUGGUUUGAAUCUGGGGGGACUAAAAACAUAUGAAAAUCAAACGCUCGUGCGCAGCUGGAUCUCAAAGCAGCUCCAAUCGGACCUGGAUUUACUGAAAAUCGGACUGAUUGGAGGCAAAACAACUGACGCUACACCAACAAUAACCCCUUCCACCCCUUCAGGAGCUUCAGGAAUCAGAGCCAACGAAUGGUCAUUCUCAUUCACCAUUCUUCUGCUCAUUUUUACAAUCAUCAAAGUGGAAUACUAACCAAUGAAAAACGACCAUUUGCCUAUAAUUACUCAUUCUGUUUGGUUAUUAUUGGUCCCAUUCUAUAAAGGGAUAUCCUCUCCUACAUCUUCGAUGUUAUUUACAAUUUUAAAUUUUUUACAUUAUGUACUCCUGUAUAUUAUACAAUAUCAAUAAUCAUGUUAUAAUUGCAUAUUUGACAUCUCUUCAAUCAGACAUAUUGCACUAAACACAUAGGUAUAUGUAGCUUUUUGAUUUAAAGCAAUGUGCUGUCUCACACUAUCUGGAUGUUAUACUCAUUUUAAUAUGUUGGACAAAUAAAUUAUGCUAUCAACAGACCGUACUUUGGAACUUCAUAAGGCCCUUUGUUUUAUACUACACAAAAACUUCUCAAACUUUAAAUUGUUAUAAAAAUAAUCUUCUGUGUAUAAUGUUCUAUGAUUGGUAUCUGUUUAUUUGUGAUGAUGAUCAUAUCUGAUAAUGGGAAAUUUAGUCUAUGGUACAGAAACAAAUAAAAGGUAAUGCAUGAAGAACAAA